GUAAAGAUGCCGUUAAGUAAGACAACAACAGUUACUGCUGAUGAAGGAAUUGAUCGAGGGCAAUGGACACAUAAGAUGGAUUACAUUUUAUCAGUCAUGGGUUGGAGUGUUGGACUUGGUAACUUGUGGCGAUUUCCAUAUGUGUGCAUGAAGAAUGGAGGAGGUGCCUUUCUAAUACCGUACAUCGUGUGUCUAGUGACAUUUUCAUUGCCGAUUUUCUUUCUUGAAGCAUCUGUUGGGCAGUUUUUAGGGAAAGGAUGUACAAAUGUAUUUAAUGUUUGUCCAUUACUGAAAGGAGUAGGAUAUUCCAUGACAACAGUUAUCUUUCUUUAUGGUGUCAUUUAUACUAUCAUCAACGCCUGGAUAUUGUAUUAUAUUGGACACUCAUUCGUUAGUCCCCUUCCCUGGACAACCUGUGAUAACGAAUGGAACAGUCCCAAUUGCAUUUCGCAUCAAGGGUAUAAAUGCCAGUCUAAAUACCAAAACAUGACCAGAAAUGAGACUGAUGCUGUAUUAAGUUAUAAGCAGUACAAUACAAGUUCAGUGAACACGACUGUUGUUUGUACCACAAAUGGAUCUUGGAUUACAGCACCGGAAGAAUUUUGGAGGGAGAAUGUGCUCCAGAUGUCUUCUGGGAUCGGUGAACUCGGUACUAUGAACUGGAAGUUGAUGUUGUGUUUCUUUUUUAUCUGGUUAGUUGUCGGGCUGUGUGUUAUCAAAGGCGUUAAAAGCAUUGGCAAGAUAGUCUACGUGACAGCAAUACUUCCAUAUAUACUUCUAUUUAUAUUUUUGGUUCAUGGACUUACUCUUGACGGUUCAGUAGAUGGCAUAAUAUUCUUUUUUAAACCAAAUUUUGCAAAAGCCUUCACAUUUGAAGUAUGGGUGGCAGCUGCAAUUCAAGUAUUUUAUUCCUUGGGCAUAAGUAAUGGUGCACUGUAUGCAUUUUCCAGUUUUAAUAAAUUUCACAAUAACACUCUACGAGAUACAUGUAUUCUAACCUUUGUAUGUGAAGGGUCAAGCAUCUUAGCCGGUGCAGUUAUAUUUUCUGUAUUAGGAUAUUUGGCAAAGAAAUAUUCUAUACCUAUCGAAGAUGUCGUAAAGUCAGGUCCUGGACUCGGUUUUGUUGCGUAUCCAGAGGCUCUAGCCCAUCUUCCAGGACAAAACAUCUGGACAAUUUUAUUCUUUAUCAUGCUGCUUAGUUUAGCCCUUGAUUCAAGAUUUGGUAGUUUUGAGUGCGUUGUAAUAGCAGCUAUUGACAUCUGGCCUUCUUUAUUGAGGAAAAGAACAAUUGUGAUCAUUGUAUUGUGUUGUUUCUUUACAUUGUCUGGAAUAAUUUUCUGUUUCCAGUCAGGGAUCUACUUAUUUCAAAUAAUGGACUGGUAUUGUUCCUUUUCUCUGCCAUUUAUUGGAAUGAUCGAGUGUAUUGUGUUUGGAUGGAUUUAUGGUACAAAUAAGCUUUCCAAAGAUUUUGAGAUGAUGAAUGGACAAGGAAUUCCGAUAUAUUUCAGGAUAUGUAUUUGUUUUAUUGCACCUUUACUACUUCUGACAAUUUUUAUCAGUGGCAUGAUGAGUUAUAAGGCUCCAACUCAUGGUGACUACCAGUAUCCAAAUUCCGCCAUUGCUUUCGGAUUUAUAUUGUCAUUGUUACCAUUGAUACCUAUUCCAGUGUUUGCUAUCCGAUCUAUAAAGAUGGCUCCGGGUCACACAUUAAAAGAGAAAUUCAUUUACUCCCUUAAACCAAAUUCGGAUUGGAAGCCAGCAGAACUUUCAUUACAAGAAAGCUACAUUAACAAAGAAUAUUACGAAGGCACUAUUAUGGAACGAAUGAAACUAAAUGUAUUUGGGAACUAGUGCAACUAAUAUACCUGUACAACUGACUAAAUAU